CCUCCCGAGUGCUGGGAUUACAGUACGCCACCACACCCGGAUCCUGCUCUUUUUAUUUUGAGAUUAGGAUCACUCAAUUGCUCAGAGUGGGUGUGAGCUUGUGAUCCUCCUGCCUCAGCCUUCCAGAGUGCUGGGAUGGCAAGUGCCCUCCAGGACACUGGCUUGUCUUCCUAUUUUGAGCCCUGGUUGUUGGGCUCAAGUGGCUAAGGUGGGGUGACCAAUAACCCUGUCAUUUCCUGUGUCCCUGCACCUGUAUGGCUCCUUCACCCUCACAGCCUAGGAGCAGCCAGGGUGAAGUCAGGUAGUCAUCAAAUACUUAUUCAUUCAUCCUGCACAUAUUUGGACUGUUGGGUUCUCAGCAGCGAUCAAAACAGAAAACCGUGGCCCGCAUGAAGUUUACACUCUAUCAGGCAGACACUUAACGAGAUUAACCGUAGGAUGCUGGAUGUUGGUAGGUGUUGCAGAGAACAGUUAAACCUCGAGGAAAGGGGAGCUUGGGGGAUGUGGUAUAGUCGCUGUGGUUGGACAGGCAGGUCUCAAGCAGCCCUGCAGACACCUGGGGGAAAGGCUGGGGCCACAAAUGCUGCAGACGUUGUGCAGUUCUGACUGAGCGCUCUGAAUGCCCUGCGGAACUGGACAGAUGAGAAAGAAGGGAGGCUGAGGCAGGAGGAUCGAAAGUUCAAGGCCAGGCUGGGCAACAUAGUGAGACUAGUCUCAAAAUAAAAAGGGUGGGGUUGCAGCUCAGUGGCACAGCACUUGCUGGGCGUGUGUGAGGCCCCCUGGGCUCAAUCCACAGCACUGCAAAAAGAAAACAGUGUCCUACGGGGACAAGGAAAGUUGCUGAUCCCUGGACUACAGCUGUCUUGGGCAAGGAAUUGAUGGGUGGCCGGGAGUUUCCAGAUUUGGGAGUGGGAAUGUGCCGGGGGCAGGGGGAAGAGGCAGGAGAGCCAGCUGGCAGGGGUCAGUGGGACUCCGGUCUCCGACGUGUGCUACACCUGGAUGAAUUCCGGUGGAGACUCCACCUUCCGUUUAUGAGCCGCGACCUCUGCCUCUUCUUCCACAGACGACGUCUAAGUCCAAGUGCGAUUACCUUCCCAGCUGAGCACAGCGAGAAGUGGCUGGGGAGAGUCUCAGGCAGAGCAGCGUUUCUAUGGAGUCGGCACCGGGUGACCCAGACGCCCCUUGCCUGCCCAGCCCGAGCGCUAACCUGCUCCGAAGGAUCGCGGUGCUGUAAGGAGAGCUGCUGCGUGAAAGAUUUCUUCACCGGCCCCUUGAGGGUUUUCCUCAUCUGCCUCUCCGUCAUCGUGCCCAUCCUGUGCUGCUGCGGCCUCCUUAAGCACUUCUGCAUCAAACGCUAUCUCAGAGCGCUGCAGCAGGGCCCGGCGCAGGCUCGCCAGCAGCCCUCAGACCCGGCCAGCACUGCGCCCCCAGAGGAGCUCCAGGAAGCCACCUUUGGGCCCCCCCCACCCUACAAUGAGGUGGUUCUGAAGCCCAUCCUGUUCCCGCCUCCCAUGGAGCCCCCGCCUCCCAUGGAGCCCCCGCCUCCCUACAGCCUCGGGCCUGAGGACCACACAGGCACACACAGCGGCAUCGACAACCCAGCCUCCGACCUGGCACCUCCCCGGUGACCUCCGGAGCAAGCCAGCGACAGCUGGGACUCCUGUUCAGCCCCCCUGAUACCCUGCCACGGCUCUUCCUUCUUGGAUUUAACUUAUUGCUUUUCUCACCCCUGUUCCUCCCAGCCCCCUCUUGCCCUUGGGCCAGGACAGGACUGGAGCAACUGUAUCUGUCCUUCUUCCAAGUGAAGGGCCGCUGGGAGCAAGGUCCGGCUGCGGGAGGGACCUGCAGUGUAUGGGCUACUCCGUGGAGUGGAGAGCAGCCUCUUGCUGGAGGUAUACAAGUCAUGACCGCACAGCUACUCUGGGAUAUUCUGAAGGCUUUCUCUGCCCACGGAGGACUGACUGGGUGGCUCCGAGCCACCUUCCAACUCUGCCUGAAUAGAGAAGACCCCAUUGUAACCCCAACACAAGUGCUCACUAAAUUUGUCACUGACUGUU